AUGUGCGAACUGCAUCUUUACUGGUGCCCGGGGUGCGGGAUGAGGUGGCAGAAACGCAAAAGACUGGCGAGUUGCGAGGGCAGCGAUCAAACAUCCAAGUGCCCAGAAAGUCUCUGCAUGUACGUCGGAAACCCGAAGAAGCCCAGACGAGGGGAAUGCGAGAAAUGCAACAGUAUGAGAGAGGCUAUUGAGGGGUUUAGUGAAGGCUUGUAUUUUGUAUGA